AUAUUUUGUUUUAGAGGAUAAAAUUUUGGGUUUGAUAAAAUUAUGAAGGUUAAUUUGACAGUUAAUGAACAUCCGCAACAAUUUGGCAGGGGCAAGUUGAUUCCAAAAUGGUGGCCGUUUGUUGUGCUUUAUGUGAUUUGUGAACAAUUUUUAUAAUAAAUGACCUUUGCCUGUUGAAUUAACGAUAUAUUUCCAAUUGGAUUGGAAUUAUGGAUGAAAAAGAGAGUUUGCCUGACAAACCGAGCGAAGAUGUCACUCAAGACUCUGGGGACACUGCAGCAGCUACAGAGGCUGCUGUGGAAGAUAAUGCAGCUUCAGGAAGUGGUGACGCUGGUGCGGAAGCUAGUGCCGACGCCACAGACUCGAGUACUGACGUGAAAACUGACAGUGAUAUAACAAAAAGUGCAACAGAUGAUGGUGAUGGAGAAAGUGAGUUACAAAAUCAUGUUGACAAUGACGCGGCCACCGAGGACAGCAGUAGUGUUAAAAGUGAUAUUGGUGACAGUAAGACAGUAACAGAUACUACUGAUGCUGACAGUCAGGAUACUAAGGAUGAAGCAGACUUAGCUGACAAAGUAAUAGAAGAAUCACAAGACAGUGAAUUGACUGCAGAUGUAGAUGAAAAAGUAAAAGAUGAAUUACCACAAGAAUCAACAUCACAAGAUGAGCCAAGUCAAGAGUCGACCAGUCAAGACAAUAGUGAGACAAAUAGCCAAGUAAAUCCUGAACCCACUGAAACAAGUCAGGAAAGCAUAGAGGCAGCUACAGAAGAUAUAACUAUAAAACAAGAUGAAGAGGCUGAGAAAAAUGAAAGUUCAGUUGUUGAAGGAAGCUGUGAAACAGAGGCUGUUGAAAAAGAAGAGAAAUGUGAGGAAACAAAAGAAGAUGUAUUAGAUAAUGAUGACAAGAAAGACAAUGAUGAGGUUGGCAAGCCUGAGUUUGAGACUGCACCCAAUGUUACUCUUGAUGAAUCACAGGAGGACCACACACAGGCACUGGACCCCUUCGAUGCAUUGCUCAAAGACACAACUGACUCUAGUCAAGCAAAUGAAACCAGGGAAAAGUCAGACAUUGCUGUCACAGUUAAUAUAGAUGAUGAUGAUGAUGAUCAUAAUGCUGAUGAUCACCACGGCGACGUUCAUGAAGAUGAUGAGGACCAUCAUACAGAUCACCCUGAUGAAGGAGGAGUGUCGGAGCUGGCUGAUGAGCCUGGCGCUGAUGAGGAAGUGUGUCUCCUGCCAGACAUUGAACGGGAAAUUUCUGAUGCCGACAAGGCUGAAGCAGAGAAGGCUUUAGCUGAAAAGAGAAAGCAGGCAGAGGAAGCUGCAGCGGAGGCGGCAGCGAUAGCGGCUGUACCCAAGGAAGAAACUGUUGUGGAUGCCGAAGGAAGCAGAGAUGACCAUCUGAACAGCGAGGCAGUAGAAGAACAUGCUGAGGCAGACGCUGCCAACGACGAGGCUUCCCACGAAAAUGGCGGAGAGAAAGAGAAUGAAAAUGAACACGAUGAAUCUGCAGAAAUUGACGACAGUGAAAUCCCACACAUUAUCCAGGAGAUCAGUCCGUUUGACAGCACUUGUACACAGUGUAAGACUGAGCAAGCUUGUACCUACCGAUAUACCACCAAGGAUAAUGAAACCGCCUACUUAUGCUCCGAGGCAUGCGUCAAAGACUUCCAGAGUGAACAUGCUGGGCAAUACUCCAUCACGCACAAGAAGUACUUAAUUCAAGAAAUUGCAUCUAAACUCUUAACAUGCUCAGAAUGUGAAGAAAAAAAAAUGUGCUACUUUUAUUACAAUUACGACGGUGAAGACACUAACUACUGCUCCAUGGCCUGCCUCAACAGUAUGAUGGCCGAUGAAGCAGACAAAUACGUGUUCAAGAGACGAAGGAUAGUUGCCGAAGAAAUUGAACCCAAAGAAGCAGAGUGCUAUGUAUGCAAAGUUCACAAAAGCUGCAUAUUCUCCCUCAAUAGGUAUGGUGAACAUCUUCUAGUGUGUGAAAAUGCGUGCAUAAAAACCCUUAACGGCAAAGAAGAUGGUAGAUAUAUGAUUAGAAAGAAGAGAAUUCUAAGAAGACAACCUACCCAGCCACAAAAUCCUCCUUUACUUAAAUUAAAAGUUAUUAGCAAUGCAACAGAUAAAUAUUUAGACGAAGCAUAUAAGAUACAAGCGAAGACUCCCGCGAUGGUGCAAGCCGCGAGGGAAGAGAGAGAACGGACUUUCAUUCGGAAGUGUAACCAAUGCCAAAUUAUUCUUAACAUUGACGAAAAAUUAUUGACUUGGGAAACUAUGGACUUUUGUGGUGAAUUGUGUUUAGGACGGUAUCAAAACAAAAUUGGAGCUCGGUGCGCGAAUUGUAAGAACAAUGUGCAACAUACUAGUUUAGGGAAAUAUUGCGUCCGAUUUGGUUUCGAUAUCCGACAGUUUUGUAACUGGUCAUGUUUGGAAGAGUUUAAGAAAGGGUUGAAGAUAUGUUGUUACUGUCAAAGGGAUAUAUCAGUGGGACACCAAGGCUUUCUGGCUCCCGUCGGUGAUAAAGGACAAUUUAAAGACUUUUGUUCACAAGCUUGUAUGGAGAAGUUUGACCUGAUGAGUAAAAACCCGAUACCUCAACCAGUGUGGGCGAAGUGUGCUGUGUGUUCCUUAGAAAAGGCGACUUCGAUUGAAGUGGAAGUGAGUGAGGAAUUGUCACAAAGGUUGUGUUCAGAUCCUUGUUUUGCAGCAUUCAAAUUCGUCAACAAUAUCUUCCCAGACCAGUGUCGUUGGUGCAAAAAAUACUUUGAACGGAAGCAGAGUAAAUGUUUUACAAUCUACGAAAGUUCAAACACUCACUGUUUCUGCUCAAAGUCAUGUAUGAAUGUAUAUAUCAGUAAUUCUAGGCAUAUAGUGCCUUGUAACUGGUGUAAGGUGAAGAAAUACAAUUUCGACAUGAUAAGGCGGGUCCAAACAAAUGGUCAGGCCAUUAUGAUGUGCUCACUCAACUGUUUGAAUCUCUACCAGGUUUCUAUGAAUGCUGUCAGUCCUAGGAGAACACAAUGUGAUAUGUGCAAGAUAACGUCGCAAGUCCAAUACCACUUAACGAUGUCUGAUGCCUCAUUAAGGAAUUUCUGUUCGUACAAGUGCGUCGAGACAUUUCAGGGUCGUUUCUCAAAUCCUGUGCCUCCGGACCCUCUAGAUGAGGCCAUCGACCAAGAGGAAGCAGUGCCCUCGGGAACGCCCAGACGGACGUACUCAGCUGCUAAUAAAUCGCUCCAAGGCCAACGGAUGGCAGGCGACAUGCCAGUGAUCUCAAACGUCCAAUCCUUGGCAGCACAACAACCCGUACCAGAGCCUGAGCCCCCCGUAUCACCCGAAAUACCCCUACCCCCAAAAUCCCCUUCCCCUUCCCCACCACCAACACCCCCAUCCGCAAAAUCCCCUACCCCACCACCAACACCUCCAUCCACAAAAAUCCCUAUCGCAAUACCACCAGUCCCAUCCACAAGAGCCCCUACCGCAAUACAACAACCCCCAUCUACAAGAACCCCUACCGCAAAACAACCACCCCCAUCUACAAGUGCCCCUAUCGCAAUACGACCAUCUACAAAGACCUUUACCGCAAUACCAUCACCCCCAUCUACAAAAACCUUUACCGCAAUACCAUCACCCCCAUCUACAAAAACCCUUACCGCAAUACCACCAUCUACAAAGACCUUUACCGCAAAACCACGACGCCCAUCUACAAAAACCCUUACCACAAUAUCAUCACCCCCAUCUACAAAAACCCUUACCGCAAUAUUAUCACCCCCAUCUACAAAAACCCUUACCGCAAUACGACCAUCUACAAAGACCUUUACCGCAAAACUACCACGCCCAUCUACAAAAACCCUUACCGCAAUAUCACCACCCCCAUCUACAAAAACCCUUACCGCAAUAUCACCACCCCCAUCUACAAAAACCCUUACCGCAAUAUCACCACCCCCAUCUACAAAAACCCUUACCGCAAUAUCACCACCCCCAUCUACAAAAACCCUUACCGCAAUACCGCCACCUCCAUCUACAAAAACCCUUACCGCAAUACCGCCACCUCCAUCUACAAAAACCCUUAACAAAACACCAGUACAAAAACCUCGAUCUCACAAAAUGCAACUAGUAAAACUUAUACCCGCAUCAAAAACCAAGCCUACAAUGGUGUCAAAAGGCGUGUCAUGUGGACCUGAAAUGUGCACUAAGGAGUGUCAGACGGACCCUAGUUUAGAACGGCGUGUACUUAUUCCUGUCCCCGUCCCUAUUUACGUCCCAGUACCUUGUGCUAUGUGGUCACUUCCCUUCCCUGUUCCGGUCCCUAUUCCUUUACCUAUCCCAACGCCAGUCUUUAUUCCCACAACUAGAAAUUCAGCUAAAGGUAUCAUGAAGGAAAUAGAUAAUAUCCUCGAUAAUAAGCCGACGAAUCCAUUCGAAGAAGAAUUGCUAAUGAUGGCGGAGAUGGUGGCGAGUGGCACGAAAAAAGAACAGAGUGACUCUGAUUCGGACGUGGAGAAUGAGGAAAACUUUAACCCUGUAACGGGUAUUGACACAAACAAUGCUCUUGGCGAGGACUUGCUGCAAAUGGCGUUUAAAAUGGCGACGGAGUACGAAGAAAAACCCUUAGACCUUGAAUCUGCGAUGGUAACGAAUACUAUCACACCAGCAUUGCGGGCGCCCCGCAAGCGUGCCUCCGCGCUCCCGGGGGCCGCGCACCCCGCUCAUACGUCCAAGAAGCGCCGCGCAGAUCCACCGCCCGCUCCGCUGCCCGCGCCGCUGCCCGACCCGCCGCGGGAGCCGGCCGAGAAACCCGACGAUAACAUGUGUCUCAAGUACACGUUCGGCGUCAACGCGUGGAAGCAGUGGGUGAUGACGAAGAACGCGGAGAUAGAGAAGAGCUCGAUACGACGGAAGCCUUUCAAGUCUGAAAUAUUGCAGCUGACGGCGGAUGAACUUAACUACUCGCUGUGUCUGUUUGUCAAGGAAGUGCGGAAACCGAACGGCAGCGAAUACGCACCCGACACUAUUUAUUAUUUAGUUUUGGGUAUACAACAGUAUCUGUUCGAAAACGGCAGAAUAGACAAUAUAUUUACGGAUCCAUAUUACGAGAAGUUUACCGAUUGCUUGGAUGAAAUUGCGAAGCAGUUCUCAACCUUAUACGGUGUUACACAAUACAUAGUCACCCGAGUGGAAGAGGAGCAUUUAUGGGAGAGCAAACAACUGGGCGUUCACACACCACACGUCCUGCUAUCCACGCUUAUGUUCUUCAACACUAAAUAUUUUCAUUUGAUGACAGUAGAGGAUCAUUUGCAGUUGUCUCUCGCUUACAUAUUGAGGCAUAGGAAGCUGAAAAGGGAGGAUGGCAAGGGACCCGGCUCAAAUAAUGACAUACUAAGAUAUUAUCCUCCACAAUUCGAUUUUGAACCAAAUACAAAAAAGAAAAAGAAAAAAGUGUAUGAACAAUAUCCUAAUGAGGAAAAUCCGUUUAGGUGUCCACUCAAACUGUUUGAAUUCUAUAUUUCUAAAUGUCCCGAGUCGGUGCGCACACGCAACGACGUACUCUACUUACAACCGGAAAGAUCCUGUGUACCAGACUCCCCAGUGUGGUACUCUACGCAACCGUUGAGCAGAGAGGCACUAGCAAAGAUGCUGCAUCGUGUCAAGAUGGUGAAGGAGAUAAACAUCGCGUUACUCACCAGCUAAGGUUACAUCGCCAGUCUGCACACGGCUUGGAAACGAAUGCAGCGAUGUGAUACAAGUUACUGGCACACUCCUACAGACUACGUUCGCCGGAGUAUCGCGCGCGUGGGCUACAGGUGGCUCUUGCGACGUAUCUCCGACGUCAACCGAUCGCUUAUGAAACCAUUCGGUUUUGUUUAAGAAUCGUGUGAUAUAUUCUCAUUAAAAUCAUUAUUGGCGACUUGGGUUUUAUGUUCCUCAGUGCCAGUGUAUAAGAAUUUUAUUUUAGUCAUGUGUAAAAUUUUAUUUAUUAUACAUAGAAAUAAGUUAUAAAAAAAAUCUAAGUUUUAGUGGCAAAUACACUCAUGUGCAACAGUAAUGCCUAUUCAAUUUUAUAAAUUGACAACAUAGUAUAAUGAUAUUGUAUUACAAUAAGUACAAAUAUAUGAUACUCAAUGUCUCAGGUAGAUUUUUAUUAUUAAAUACAAUACAUUAUUGUAGCUUACCAAAAAUAGUUGCGAUAUGUAAUAUAUUUUACGCGUUACCUGUAUCCGUACCGUGGCUGUGUAUGUUGUGCAUAUUAUAAGUUUAUGGUUUUACGCUGUGUAAAAAAGAAUACUGAUUCGUCUCUCAAACUGAGUGAA